CACUUGUUUUGCACUAGAUGGACAAGUCUGGCAAGGUCAUUGCUAAGUGGGAUAGUAGAGCAACAAAAAUUUACACAGAAAUAUGUGUAGAAGAGGUGAAUGCACGGAACAGGCCACAACAAUUCCUAAACGCCGAAGGGUAUGCUAACCUGAUAAGAAAGUUUAAGGAACGCACUGGUCGCACAUACACAAGGGAUCAAAUGAAGAAUAGGUGGGACUCGUUGAAGAGAAUGUUCACCCAGUGGAAAACUCUAAAUGAAAGGGCUACAGGUCUUGGUCGAGACCCUCAUACUGGUUCAAUCAGUGCGCCAGAUGAGUGGUGGGCCAAGCAAAAUGAAGCAAUGCCAGGUUGUAUUAUGUUCAAAACAGCCCCCCUAGAGAAUGAGGACGAGCUAAAGGUUAUGUUUGGACCCAUUGUCUGCACAAAUGAAAGAACCCUGGUUCCUGGAGUUGAGGAUGCUAAUUCAUCAUCUGAUGAUCAUUUGGAAGCCACUUUAGGUGGGGGUGAAAACAGCACACCUGACCCCUGCACAAAUGCUACUGGGAAGCGUAAGAUGCGACAUGAUUCUCCGAAACCAAAGAAGAAAAAAGAUUCGAGGGAAGAGUACAUGAAAAGACUAGUGGAGGCUUUUGAGUCGCGUUCAAUGACCACUAACAAGUCCAUUACCUCUACUGACAAUGACCCUGUUCGACUUGAGAUUAAAAACCAGCUGCAACAAGUUAUGGAUGAUGGAUCACCAGAAGGAAGCCAAUUACAUUUGUUUGCCACUCAUCUAUUGACUGAGAAAAAGUAUAGAGAUAUUUUUGCAAACUUGCAGACAAAAGAAGGAAGGAUCGCUUGGCUUCGCAAUGCUUACGAGAUAGAUCUUAAAAAGUGCACUUAG